CCUCAUCCAGAAAUCAUCACUUUCCAUUCGAUUCUUCCUCUUGCUCUUGCGCCCCAAUCUCCUCGGUACGUAGCAAAGUUAAUCCAUUGAGUGCCAGAGCUCCGUCUCCAUCUCCACCAAGAAGAAGGAGAAGCUAGCUAGCUAGCAACAGGCAGCAGCUAGCAAUGGCGGGCGUGGGUCGGAACAUGGUGGCGCCGCUGCUGGUGCUGAACCUCAUCAUGUACCUCAUCGUCAUCGGCUUCGCCAGCUGGAACCUUAACCACUUCAUCAACGGCCUCACCAACCGGCCCGGCGUCGGAGGCAACGGCGCCACCUUCUACUUCCUCGUCUUCGCCAUCCUCGCCGGGGUCGUGGGCGCCGCAUCCAAGCUCGCCGGCGUGCACCAUGUCCGCACCUGGCAUGGGGACAGCCUCGCCACCUCCGCGUCCUCCUCCCUGGUUGCCUGGGCGAUUACCGCCUUGGCUUUCGGGCUGGCAUGCAAGGAGAUCCACAUCGGCGGGUACCGUGGGUGGCGCCUCCGGGUGCUGGAGGCGUUCGUCAUCAUCCUGGCCUUCACGCAGCUGCUCUACGUGCUGGCGCUGCACUCUGGGCUGUUUGGCAACCAGUUUGGUAACCAUGCUGGUGGAUACGGCGCGGAGCACGGCGGGUAUGGCGCCGGCGAUCCGCACAACAAGGGCAUGGGCACCGGCGGCGUCGCCAGGGUCUGAAUCGGCCGGGUAGAUGCCUCGGCGGCGACAGUGACAGGCUGAUAAUAAGGUGUAUGUAUAAAUGUGUGUGUUCCGGUAGGCAUGUACUCUUCUUUUUUGUAGGGAAGGACGACGUGCGUGCAUGCGUACAUGUGGUACUACUGCAGGAUGCAUGGUUCUUAGUGUGUGUGUGUGUGUGUGUGUUUUUAUUAUCUAGUCCGAGAUCGAGAUAGAGAUCGAUCAGUCCAUGCUUCUUCUCCGACCAGACCACAGCAAUGUCUGGAUGUGGAUGAAUGGCUGCACUUGUUUCAUUUAGUACUACUACUCUACUUCCGAU